UUUUAUACUUUCUUGAUGCUCUAAAAAUUUGACAAAAGUAGUUUCAAGCAUAAUCGUUUUGCCCUGAACAUACUUUUAUACAAACAGGGAAACGAAUAAUUUUAUUCAGGCGUUUUAGUAAUUCAAUGAAACGAAAUAAUAAACUAAACAAUCCAUGUUUUACAUAAACAUUAUGGGAGGAAAAGCGUUGACCUAGGAUACGGCUGUGGAAGAACAGGAAAGCGCGUAGGCCUACGACGAUUCUCAGUUUCGUUGAUCCCCUCGAAAGUCAUCUUCCGUUCAAAUCUCAAAAUGACUUAUGAUGCGAAACGCAAGCACCUCUUUCAGAUAGAAUUCCCUUUCAUGGCCAAGAUUGUCUGUGGGCUUCCAUUAUUUGCGACGCUCUUCUGUGUGAUAUGGUCGAUUAUAUUUGACUUCAAACAAGCUACUGCAACACAUUGUCGGGUCCCUAACUAUCUACCAUCAGUGAGUGCUGCUAUUGGAAGUUUCACACCACAACGAUAUGUGUGGCGUAUAUGCAUUGCUCUUCAUGCAACACCUCGGUUCAUGAUUGCUGUUGCUUACUACAACUAUCACACUUCAGUUCAUAUUGGAAAGAACAAUGAAGCAUACAAGGCAUUAGCAGCCUUGAACAGUUUAUGUCACAUUGUAGAGGUUGCUUCUCUUGUGGGGUUGACAUUUGUAUCGUCUACAGAAAACCAUGAUGCUCAUGAACAUAUGUUCAUCUCCUUUAUGGCUGCAGGUCUCAUCUACAUGUUGUUGACAAUCUAUCUUUUCUCAAGGGGAAGGUCUCACAAUGGAACACUUAUGACCCACCAAGAGAUGAAAUCACUGAAGUUGAAACAACUGUUCUUCACCUUGAAUGUUUCCAUUUUCCUGAUCUCGGUGUACGUUUUCUUCAGACACAACUGGUAUUGUGAACCUGGAGUGUACACAGCGUUUGCUGCUGGGGAGUACCUGGUGAUAGUGACCAACAUAUGUUUCCACUACACGGCCAACAUAGACUUGGGCACAUCUUUCCUCAGCCUGGCUUUACCCAGCAAACAAGACACACCUCCUCCCAGGUCUUGGCUUUACCACAACGAAAUCUUGCCUAGAUGAUACUGCUGUGAAUCUCUUUGUUAUCACAAUCUCUUGUUUUGAUGUUUUCCUUUUUAACACAAUCCUGUUUUGUGUUGUUAACUGGUUUUAAUUUAUAUGUCUUCUGGAGUUUUUGUUGUUGAAAGUGUUAAUGCCAUAUAUUUUCAAAUUUUGGAACAUUUCAUUGUUUUAGAUAAUGCAGCACUUGUUCUAUGUGACAUUUUUAUCUGUAGAUGAUAUAGCCUUAUACCACGGCAAAGACGAAGGAGUGCAAUGAUACAUACAUUUUUAUGUUCUUGAUUAACUCGUCAUCUCCGGCAAGCUGCUCACAGCGGCUCAGGGUCGGAGCCACUGUGCUGGUGAGCCACUGGCAGCAGCUCGGGCACUUUGCUGUACAACGAUUUUGCAGUCAAAUUACUUUUCUGCAAUUGCUGAAAACUGAUCUCUUUUAACGUGAGUUCAUUCAUUAGAUGUAGAACAAUGAAAAUAGGUUCACUUGUUUUGAUUUAUUGACCAAUUUAAUGACGUAUUUGUCCCUUUUAGAUUUUAUACACCAAAAGGGCCCCUGCAUAGUCUGUUUACCACCUUCGGAGAUAAAGAGUUAACAAACAAGUAACUUAGACACAAAGACUUCGAUUGUAUUUUUACAGCUGACAUUUUCUUUCAUUUUGCUCUUAUUGUAUCUUUAGCCGGAAUCGUUAUUGGUUAUCAUAAAGACUUACGUGACUCAGAGAAUUCCACCCCUGAAAUUACAGUAUGUAAUGUGAUCCAUGAAAGAUGGAACAAAAAUCACCAAUAAACUUGAGUCUGAACGUGGCUCUAUUCGCUCAAAAAUUUUCACUUCAAACUAUUACAGUGGAACUCAGAUUCAAAGAAAGGAGUUGGGUUCCCCAUUUUUUUUUUUA